AUGCAGUUCGCCGAUGCUCUCUUACGUCUCUUGUGGACUUACAGGUCCAUCACGGCUCUCGCCGUGGUCUCGGUCUUCCUUCUCGUCUUUACAUACGCUCGAAGCCCGAGACGGCGUCUUCCGCCAGGCCCGAGAGGGCUGCCCCUCCUCGGAAACGCCCUCGACGUCCUCAAAGAUCCGUGGCUGACUUUUGGCGGCUGGAUGAAGACGUAUGGCACCAUCAUGCACUUCACCGCUGCCGGAAGCGAUGUAGUCGUCCUCAACGACCUCAAGACCUCGUUCGACAUCUUGGAUCGUCGCGCUGCCGUCACAGCAGACCGGCCCGGUAACGUCAUCAUAGACAUGAUGACGGGGUCCUGCUUCGUGCCUUUCCAGAGCCAGAACGCAAUGUGGCUGCGCAUGCGCAAAGCCUCCCACACAGCGCUCCGCAGCAUCUCCUUCCCAGACAUCCGCCUCGUCCAGCAAAAGGAGGCUACACUCCUGGCGGCGGACAUGCUCAAGGACCCGCGGGACUGGCUGUCGCACCUACACCGCGCGAUAUCCUCGGCGAACAUGAACCUGGUAUACGGCACGCCUUCCCUCGCGUCGGCCAGCGAUUUGAAGCUGGUUUGGCUUGAGGACUUUGUCGCGCGGUUGACCAAGGCUGCGCUGCCUGGUGCGCAUUUGAGUCAGGUCUUCCCUUGGUUGAGACAUGUACCAUCUAAAUUCGCGCCUUGGAAGAGGCGGGUGGAGGAUUCGUUUGCGGCGGACUCUGCUAUCUUUGGAAGUUGGUUCGAGGAGGCCAGACUUAGAGGUGUCAAUGGCGGCAACUGUCUCGUCAAAAGCUUCAUCAAGGACCAGAGCCGGUGCAACUUAUCCGACACGGAAAUCAACUGGCUCGCGGCGAGCGUCAUUGCCGGGGCAAAGUCGAUCACGGGCGUGCUCGAGUGGUGGAUGUUGGCUAUGGUCGUUUACCCCGAGGUGCAGCAGCUCGCCCAGGAGGAGCUGGAUCGCGUCGUGGGACGCGAGGCGAUGCCGAACUUUGCCGAUCACUACGGAAAGCUACCUUACAUUCAAGCCAUGGUCAAGGAGUCACUUCGGUGGCGACCAGUCGAUCCAAUAGGUCUUCCACAUCAGAGCUCCGAGGACAUAUGGUAUGAAGGCUGCUUUAUACCAAAAGGCUCGUUGCUCAUCCCCAACGUCUGGGCCAUGAACCGCGAUCCGCACACGUACGGCCCGGACGCCCAUCACUUCAACCCAGCUCGGUUCCUCGAUCCCAAGACUGGGCAGCUCAAGCCGCUGGCAGCGGAGACGAAAGAACAGGGCCACGUCACGUUUGGGUUUGGCCGCCGGUUGUGCGUCGGGCGCCAGAUUGCGAAUGAGGAUCUCUUCAUCACUAUCGCGACGGUGCUUUGGGCGAUGAAGAUUGAGCCGAAGGUGGGAUACGAUGGGUUGAAUGUCCCUAUAGAUGUUGAUGGAUGUGUCGAUGACGGUGUCGUUGUACGCCCGGUUCCGUUUGAGUGUACCACCAAAUCUCGGUUUCCUGAGGCAUUUAAGACCCUGCAGGCUGCCGAGAACUAUAUUUCCAUUCACUCCCUCACCAUGCCGGAACCAUGGGAUGAUCAGAUCGCGCACUUCCAAGGGAUACCGUGGUGCGCCAAAGUGCUCUCGGAACCAGGCAUCAUCGCCAGACCCCUCGUCAGCCGCGAAUUCGACCCAGAUAAUCGCAUCUUUGAAUUCUGGGGCUCCACACUCUUCAGCGCGGCCACGGUGCCCUUCUUCAUCGGCUGCUUCCACAUGCCCUCGCCACCACCGGGCGCCGACGGAAGCCCUCCUGAUAGCCGGCCCCUCGACGAAUUGUACAUGACCAAGGUCCGCUGCUUCCUGACUCUCGGCCAUGGGCUGAGCACGCUCAAGAAGGAGUGGUGCCACGGCGGUGCUGUCGCGGCCAUAUUCGACGAGUGCAUGGGUGCGAUCGGUUUCAUCAACAAGUUGCUGGGGUUCAUGCCGAUGCUGCCGCAGGUCACACAGAACUUGAACAUCACGUACAUACAGCCGGUGCCGACCAUGUCGACGGUGGCUUGCACGGCGGUCUUGAAGCGGAUGGACGGGCCUAGGAAGUUCUUGGUCGGGGCGGAGAUCACCGACGAGCUUGGUACGGUUCUUGCCAAGGCGGAAGCGUAUUUUGUUGGGAUGGAGAAGCGGAAGAAGAGACAGGAGAAGCUGUGA